AUGUUUCCCCGAAAACAACCAUCGGGUGCUCAAAAUAGAAAACGAAAAACAAAAGAACAAGAAGAGGCUAAUCAAUUAAGAGGGUCUUUGAAUAAAUAUUUUGUUAGAAAUCAAAAUUCCAAUGAUCCGGUUAAUAAUUUUAAUGUUCCACCUAGUACUUCCAAUGAUUCGGUUGAUAUUUCCAAUGAUUUUGAAAAAAAUGAUUUUUUUGAUAAAGAUAAACCAAGUGAUUUUAAUAUUUUUGAUCCUAGAGUAUGGGAUGAUUUAGAUUCAAAAAUGAAAGAUUUACUAAUAGAAAAAGGGCCAAAUAGAGAAGUUGAUACCAACACAAUUUUUCCAAAAGAUUCACUUGGUAGACAUUUUUCAUUUGAUUUUUUCAUUCGGAAAUUAAGAAAUGGUGAUUCUUUUGAUAGAAAAUGGUUAGUGUAUUCAAAAGAACUUGAUAAAGUUUUUUGUUUUUGUUGUAAGUUGUUUAAAACUAUUCGAACUAAAAGUAGUUUGGCAACCGAAGGAAUUAAAGAUUGGAAGCAUCUUAGUGAAACAUUAAAACAACAUGAAAAUAGUUCCGAUCAUAUGGAUAAUUUAAGAACAUGGAAUGAAACGCGAAUUAGGUUAAAUAAAAAUGAAACAAUUGACAAAGAAAUUCAAGAAAUGAUAAAAAAAGAUACCGAACAUUGGAAAGAAGUUAUGGUUAGAAUUAUUUCUGUUGUAAAAUGUUUAGCAAAAAAUAACUUGGCUUUUCGUGGUACAAAUGAAAAAAUUUAUGAAAACUCAAAUGGAAAUUUUUUAAGUGUAAUUGAAUCAAUUGCGGAAUGGGAUCCAGUAAUGAAAGAACAUUUUCGAAUGAUUCAAGACAAAGAAACACAUAAUCAUUAUCUUAGUCAUAAAAUUCAAAAUGAAUUAAUUGAAAUGUUAGCAUCCGAGAAGAUACAUCCGGUCUUUAGUCUUUUCAAUGUUUUACAAGAUGCCCUAAAAUCUCUUGAUUUGGAUAUUAAUUAUGUUCGUGGUCAAGGAUAUGAUAAUGGGGCAAAUAUGAAAGGUAAACACCAAGGUGUUCAAAAACGAUUGCUUGAUAUAAAUAAUAGAGCUUUUUAUAUGCCUUGUGGAUGUCAUAGUUUAAAUUUGGUUUUGUGUGAUAUGGCAAAUUCUUGCCAAAAGGCAAAAACUUUUUUUGGUACAUGUCAAACGCUUUAUAAUGUUUUUUCCAAUUCAACCAAAAGAUGGAGUGUUUUACUUGAGUUUGUUGAUGAUCUAACACUUAAAUCAUUAUCAGCUACUCGUUGGGAAAGUCAUAUUGAAUGUGUUAAAGCAAUAAAAACACAAUUUUAUCAAAUAAGAAAAGCUUUAAAAAAACUAUCUAUAAUAAGUGAUAAUGGACAAGUGUGUAGAGAUGCUGAUUCACUAGUAAAUGGUGAAUUUUCUAGUUUUGAAUUUAUUUUAAGUUUAGUUAUAUGGUAUGAUAUUUUGUACAAAAUUAAUUUGGUAAGCAAAAAGUUACAAUCCAAAGAAAUGCUUCUUGAUGUUGCUGUAAAAAAUUUAGAAGGGUUAAUUAAUUAUUUUGAAGAAUAUAGGGAAAGUGGGUUUGACUUUGCUAUUAGUGAAGCAAAAGAAAUAGCAAAUAGUGUUAAAGUUAAACCCGAAUUUCCUCAAAAACGCAAUAAAAAAAGAAAACAACAUUUUGAUGAAAUUCCAAAUACCGAAAGAGAACACCAAUCUUCUCAAGAAGCAUUUAAAAGAGAUUAUUUUUUUAUUCUUGUUGAUAUGGCUCUUGUUCAAUUGAAAAGUAGAUUUGAACAAAUGCAAUAUUUUGAAUCGAUAUUUGGUUUUUUGUUUGAUGGUUCCAAAUUAGUUUCUUUAGCUGAUGAUGAAUUAAAGAAAUGUUGUUUAAAUCUUGAGUCCAAUUUGAAAAAUGGUGAAGAUUAUGAUAUUGAUGGAGAUGGUUUAUUCAUUGAGUUAAAACUUUUGCAGAAAAUGUUGCCGGAGGAAGCAUACAAAAGUCGAAGUCCUUGGACAUCUAUUCAAAUAAUGGAGUAUGCAAGAAGAAUGGAUAUGUUCCCUAAUGUGUUGGUUGCAUAUAGGAUAUUAUUGACGGUGCCGGUUACGGUUGCUUCCGCGGAAAGAAGUUUUUCAAAAUUGAAGCUUUUGAAAUCGUAUCUCCGAAGUACCAUGACUCAAGAAAGAUUGAAUGGAUUAGCAAUUUUAAGUAUUGAAAGUGAUUUUCUAAAAAAUAUUGAUUAUUGUAAAAUAAGAGAUGUUUUCGCUUCAAAAAAUGCGCGAAGACAUCGUUUUAGGUGA